AUGUCCACUACGUACAUCUUCCCCGAUGGGAUCUUACCCAAUAUAAAAGCUGUUGAGAAACUGUAUGGUGGAGAUCUAAGCACCGACUCAAACGUCCUUCCGCCUGCUACUAGUCCUGAACUACUGCCUGGCAAGUACCAGCUACCCCUCCCUCGCCGCCUUCGACUCCCGCCCGGCGUUCUGUACGUCUCCCCCGUGCGGCUCGAAAUCCCAUCGAAUUUUACUGGCAUACGUGUUAUAGCCGCUAUGACAUCGAUCUCUGCCGCACCUAUCCCUAUUGAUACCGCGAAAGAGCUUCAAGCUCGUGAAGCCGAGGCUCAGACUUGUCGUAUCAUGAGGGCAUGUUUUUAG